UUCUUUGGCUGCUUCCUGAAUAAAUUAUUCAUUUCUCACCUACACAAACACGGUCAAGAAACGACUACGUCGUGGCGAAUUUCAUGGAUCGGAAAGGCAAUUUCAAAGGGUUUUUUUGAACGAAAUCCUUUUUUCGCUGAUAAAGUAUGAACAUACACGAAAUACUCAAGUCUUUUCGAGCUCCUCUGAGUGAGGAACAAGCCUGGGCCGUUUGUUAUCAAUGUGCUGGGGAACUGAUAGCGAAACAAGAAGAGAGCUUUCAGCAUUUACAACCACAGUUCAUUGAUGUCAGCUUACAGACCACAGUGAUACGAAAAGAUGGAUCGAUUGAGUUUACGACUGUUUGCWCAGAAAGGCCACCAAGGAAGAACGGAGAUGUAUUAUUUCGGUUGGGAAGUCUGAUUUACGAGUGCUUGGAUUUCGGCAUGGAAGUCUACAUGGAGCGGGAAUUAGACCCAUCGCUAGAAAAAUUAAUCCUCGAUAUGACCUGCGCCGAAAGCGACGAGGGAAUUUCUGUCCCUGAUGAAUUUGAAGCGAGAAUUCCAAAAGACUGUAGUUUUUCUAGUAGAAGAGAUUCUGAAGAAUGUCUGAAGGAAGUUAAUCUUGGACUGGUUAUGCAAAGGUGUACCGACCAUUUGACUCAUGAUAUUGCGGAUACCUCUAGUCACUUCCGAGCAGUAUGCCGCGCACUAGUUAACGAAGCUAUCGAACUGUCRGAAUUCCUACGGCAACUCUACAAUGGCCAGGCAAUCAUGUCACAAAGCUGGGGGCAGGGUAUUGGACUUACAAACUGGGCAUACCUGCAAAGCCUUCAUGCGUCUGAAUGGGCAAAACUAUGGCUGCAAGCAAUGAGAGAAUUGAGACAAGGAGUGACAUUACGGCAUGUUGUUCAUGCCAAAUUGCCACCUGCGUCUUAUGAAAUGACACCGUUCGAGAUGCUUUUGGAUGACAUUCGCUAUCGCCGUUUUCAGCUCAACCACGUAACUGUAACAACCCAGAAAAAGAAAGGAGACGCGCAUGACAUUAUCUUGGAUUUUAUUCGCUCAAGACCACCGUUGUCUAAAUCAACAGAUCGUAAAAUCAAACCGCUGCCAAAAACAAGCCCUAACUUACACGAGAAGUUGCUCCAUGAAAUUCGACAAGGUACGCAGCUCAAGCAAACUCCACAGCCGAAGAUCAAGUCUGCAAAGGAGAUUUACCUCGAGGAAGUAUCACCCGAAAUCUUAGAAGACUCCCCUURCGCCUCUCCAAAACGCAAAUGCCUUAAACCUGAUCUUAAAUUGGCGGAGAUGAUCAGGAGGUGGGACUCUCCUGUCUCCGAUGGCUAUCCGAGUCCGACGUCGUCRUUCGGGGUUGAUAUUCCGAAAAUGGAAUUGUACGAUUGUGAUGAAUCAAUUUUAAGUGAGACUUCCGGUUACAGCUCUGGAAGUUUAAAAGCAACUUGCAUUGAAUUGCAAAGGCAAAAGGAAAAUGGCAGUCCAUCGAGUGAGAGCUCUGUUGAAUUGGACUGCAUUCAGAACGUUCGAUUCCGAACAAGCUACGAGGUCCUUCCGUUUGACGAUCGUCCAUUGUUUCCGCCCUCACUGCGCUCUCUUCAAAACAUGAAAGUUACUUCAAAAAUCUACUUAACGCUGAAAGAAGUCAAGCAUAUGAGAAAAACUCUUUCGAAAUUGGAACUAGAAACUGUGGAUCCUGACUCUUGUCACUUUUACGAACUGCACAGCGGUAAACUUUGCUUUUGUUGCCAGAAGAGAAAAUUCACAUUAUUUGGACAUUGGUCUCGCAAGUGUGAAAUCUGCGAACGACGCGUGUGUGUUUACUGCAUUCAUAAGCUGGAGCCGUCUAUUAGUUACGUUUUUCUGGAAAAUGAAAAUGAGGAAGCCGAUCGCCGAGAUUCUGGUUAUUGUGAGGGAUACUGGCCAAGUAUCCCAACCACAAUGAGCUCCCCAAGUCUUGGAGCUUCGAUAGCCGAUGCUAAAACCCAUAAGGUGUGUUCAUCAUGUAAAAGAUUCAUUUCAAUGCAUUGCUAAUUUGUAUAAUCUGUAAAAUAGAAUAUAUUUAGCUAUGAAGUGAAGAAUAUCUUUCGUUUUUCUCCAUGUGCGGUAACUAAAAUAAGAAUACUGCAUUCAAUUACAUGUGUAUAUCAGCCUAUAUAUUUGAUAUUCAUAGAAAUUGUAGCCACAAAAAUGAUACGGAAUCCCAUUAACUGUACAAAUUAUUUAUUGAAAGACUCGACCGUAUUCUUUCUGACAGUUUAGUUAAUUUUUUUGAGACGGGGAAGUUUUCGCAGGAAAACGAAAAUUUCCAGACAGAUUGAAAARUACAGUAUUUGUCUGUACCUAUGUAUAUAUAUAUAAUUUAUUUUGUUAAACCUAUAUAAGCUAAAUGAUCAGAAACCUCAAAGGAUAUUUAUGUGAAAAAUCGACUUAAAUUUAAAGAGAUAAAAUACCCUCAAAAUU